CACUCUCUGUCAGCGUUCCUACUCUCAGCCGCACGGGUUCCUCAACAACUACUUGUACUCACUCAAUUCCUCGCAGACUGUCAUCCCACCAGCAAAAAUGGCCGACUCUACUGUCUACCGCGCCAGCACCACCGCGCCCGUCAACAUUGCCGUCAUCAAAUACUGGGGCAAGCGCGACCCCAAGCUCAACCUCCCAACCAACUCCUCCCUCUCCGUCACGCUCGCCCAGUCCGACCUGCGCACCCACACCACCGCCGCGUGCUCGACCCUCUUCCCCGCCGGCCAAGACACCCUGCUCCUGAACGGGGCGGCGCAAGACGUGAGCGGCGCGCGCACGCAAGCCUGCUUCCGCGAGCUACGGGCCCUGCGCGAGGCGCUCGAGGCGCAGGACCCCCAGCUCCCCAAGCUGGCGCAGCAGCCGCUGCGCAUCGUGUCAGAGAACAACUUCCCCACGGCGGCGGGGCUUGCCAGCUCGGCGGCGGGCUUCGCCGCCCUCGUGCGCGCCAUCGCAGACCUCUACCAGCUGCCCGCGACGCCGACGGAGCUCUCGCGCAUCGCGCGCCAGGGCUCCGGCUCCGCCUGCCGCAGCCUGUUCGGCGGCUACGUCGCCUGGGAGAAGGGCACCGCGGCCGACGGCUCCGACUCGCUGGCCUACGAGGUCGCGCCCGCGUCGCACUGGCCCGACAUGCGCGCGCUGAUCCUCGUCGUGUCGGCCGCCAAGAAGGGCGUCAGCAGCACGACGGGCAUGCAGGCCACGGUCGCGACGUCGUCGCUCUUCGCCGCGCGCGCCAACGACACCGUCCCCGCCCGCAUGCGCGACAUGGCAUCCGCAAUCAAAGCCAAGGACUUUGCCGCCUUCGCCGACCUCACCAUGAAGGACAGCAACUCGUUCCACGCCUGCUGCCUCGACACGUCGCCGCCCAUCUUCUACAUGAACGACGUGUCGCGCGCGGCGGUGCGCGCCGUCGAGGCCAUCAACGCCGCCGCGGGCAAGACGGUCGCGGCGUACACGUUCGACGCCGGCCCCAACGCCGUCGUCUACUACGCCGCUGAGCACGAGGCGGCGGUCGCGGGCGCGUUCAAGGCCGUCCUGGCCGGGACGGAGGGGUGGAGCGGCGCGCGGGGCGAGGCGGUCGCGGCGGACGAAAAGGCCGCGGCGUGCGUGGAUGAGAAGACGGCGGAGGCGCUGAGGGAGGGCGUCGGUAGGGUGAUUUUGACAGGCGUGGGCGAGGGGCCGAUUAGUGUGCUGGAGCAUUUGGUGGAUGAGAGGGGGGAGGCGGUCAAGGCUUGAUAGGCGUGUAGUUGAGUGUGUAUGUGGA